AUGUUUAAUACUGAUGCCUCCAUUGUUGAUUUUGCGCAUUCUUCAUUUAAGUUUACUUUGGACAGAAAAUACCCACUGUAUCUCAGUACCAAAAACACUAUUCUGGAAAAGUAUGAUGGUCGUUUUAAAGAUAUCAUCCAAGAAAUUUAUGAGAAAGACUACAGACCACAGUUUGAGGCUGCUGGAAUAUGGUAUGAACAUAGAUUUAUUGAUGACAUGGUUGCUUAUGCGAUGAAAUCUGAAGGUGGAUUUGUUUGGGCUUGUAAGAAUUAUGAUGGAGAUGUUCAGUCAGACUCUGUAGCUCAAGGCUAUGGAUCUUUAGGUCUUAUGACAUCAGUUUUGAUAUGCCCUGAUGGUAAAACUGUUGAGGCUGAGGCAGCCCAUGGAAAUGUUACUAGACAUUACUGUUUCUACCAGCAAGGCAAGGAAACAUCGGCUAAUCCCAUCGCUUCUAUAUUUGCAUGGACCCGAGGUCUUUUACACCGUGCCAAACUUGAUAAUAAUACUGAACUUAAGAAAUUUGCUGAAACAUUAGAAAGUGUAUGCAUUAAUACAAUUGAAUCUGGAAUAAUGACCAAGGAUCUUGCGAUUUGUAUCAACGGCAUGAAUAAUGUGAAGAGAGAAGAUUACUAUGAAACUUUCGAAUUUAUGGACAAAUUGGCCGAAAAUCUGAAAUAA